AUGAUCGUCUUAAGUAGUGUCGACAUCAUGUUAUCGAUAUUCAUCUUUCUUUUUCCUUUUCUUCAAUUUUUGGCUCUUCUUCUACUUCUUCCUUUUUUUCUUCUCCCCCGCCUCCUUCCCAUCCUUCUUUUUCUUGUGUUUUUAUUUGUUGUUGUUCUGUUCAUCUUCUUCUUCCAUUUGUUGUGUUUCUAUUUGUCGCUAUUCCUUUUCUAUUUCCUCUUUUUCUUCUAUUUUUUCUGCUUCUUCUGCUUCUUCUUCUUUUUCUUCUCUUUCUUAUUCUUGUAUUUCUUUUUCUGUUUCUUCUUCUGCUUUUUCUUCUUCUUCUUCUCUUUCUUAUUCUUCUAUUUCUUCUUCUAUAUUUUCUCCACCUCCUCUUCCUUCUUUAACUUCUUCUCCUUCUAUUUCUUUUUCUUCUUUUCUUCUAUUUCUUCUUCUUCUUCUUCUUCUUCUUCUUCUUCUUCUUCUUCUUCUCUUUAUUCUUCUAUUUGUUCUCCGCCUCCUCCUCCUCUUUCUUCUAUUUCUUCUCCUUCUUCUUUUUCUUCUCUUUCUUCUUCUCUUUCUUCUUCUUCUUCUUCUUCUUCUUCUUCUUCUUCUUUUAUAUUUUCUCCACCUCCUCCUCCUUCUUCUUCUAUUUCUUCUCCUUCUUCUUCUAUUUCUAUUUCUUUUUCUACUUCUUUAGCUACUUCUCCUUCUAUUUCUUCUUUUCUUCUAUUUUUUCUUGUAUUUCUUCUUCUUCUUCUUCUACUUCUUUCUCUUCUUCUUCUUCUUAUUCCGUUUCUUCCACUUCUUCUUCUACUUUCUAUUUUUUCUUCUUCUCCUACUUCUUUUUCUUCUUCUCCAUCUACUUAUUUCUCUUCUUCUUCUUCUUCUUCUUCUUCUUCUUCUUCUUCUCCUUCUUCUUCUUCUUCUUCUUUUUCUUCUUCUUUCUCUCCCUCUUCCUACCAUGGCACACAUACACUGACACAUUCAUUUUCAAUUGUAUCCCUUUCUUUACUUUUCACUCUCUCUUUCUCUCUCUCUCUCUCUCUCUCUCUUCUGAUUGGCAUUCAGAUUCACAACUUUCAUAUUUUUCAUUUUGGGGGAACACAGGUAGACGCUUAUUUUAUUAUAUCACUAUCUAUCUAUCUAUCUAUCUAUCUAUCUAUCUAUCUUGAUCUUUUCAUUAUCUAUCUAUCUAUCUAUCUAUCUAUCUAUCUAUCUAUCUAUCUAUCUGAUAUGUCCCGGCAAGAGAUAUAUUUGAACGAAACACAUCAUUUAUUAGUCUCACAAUCUAUCUAUCUAGUCUGCUCAUGUGCAUUUAUUUGGGUCUAUUCUUGUCUAUCUGUCCAUCUUACUACCCAUUUUGUUCAUAUCUAUCUAUAUAUCUAUCUAUCAAUCUAUCUAUCUCAGUCCUUUCAUUAUCUAUCUGAGUUUGUUCAUUAUCUAUCUAUCUAUCUAUCUAUCUAUCUAUCUAUCUAUCUAUCUAUCUAUCUAUCUAUCUAUAAAUAA